AUUUCAACAUAAUUUUGUUAUUGGAUUUGUAGAUAAUUCAUAAUUUUCAUCAAUUGGGCAGGCUUUAAGAAUAAAUUCUCAUUUGUUAAGUGAUUAGAAAGACUUUAGACGUAAUGUUUUGAUUUAAUAUAGUAAUAGAUUUAGCAUACGUGCGAUUAAAAGCCAAAUUUAAAAAAUUUGAAGCUACGAGAAGGAAGGAAAAGGAGAAAAAAUAUUGAAAAGAUAAAUUAGAGGAAAAGCCGAUAAUGAAUACGAAAAAGAAUGUUCUUGUGGGAUGCACGGGCUCAAUUGCAGCUAUAAAAUUACCCGUAGUGCUCAAUCUGUUGAAAAAACGAGAUCCAACCUUUCAAAUUCGAGUAGUUUUGACCGAGAGAGCGAAGCAUUUUGUAAAUAUCAAUGAAAUCUCAUCAAUGGCAGAAGUAUUCACCGAUCAAAGUGAAUGGCACAUAACGAAAGGACUCAACGAACAGAGUCUUCAUCUUGAACUUGUACAAUGGGCUGAUAUUUUCAUUAUUUCACCUAUGGAUGCAAAUACUUUAGGAAAAAUUAGCUCGGGAAUUUGUGAUAAUCUGCUAACGUGUGUGGCGCGAGCUUGGGAUCUACACAAACCACUUCUCUUUUGUCCUGAAAUGAAUACAAAAAUGUUCCUGCAUCCGAUCACUAGCAAACAAAUUGAGGAACUAAAGAUCUAUGGAUAUUAUGAACUUCCAUCAAUAUCAGAGACACUAUUAACGGAUAGUAGUGGAGCUGGAGCCUUAUCAGAAAUUAAUUAUAUCAUUGAUUCAAUCUUUAAUCACGUUCAACAACUCCAACAUCAAGCUAAGCAAAUGCACUCGAAUGACGGAGACUCAACGAUGGAGCCUUUUGAACAAAAAUAUAAUCAUCAUAUGCAGAAUAAGUAUGCAUCACAAAGUAGUACGCCAUCAGUUAGUCCUACGAGCGUUGUGCCACCACACAUGAGUGGAUUCGUUCAAGUCAAGCAGAGAGCUCAGCAUGGCAAUCCAGCAACUAAACCAUUCACUUGUGACAUUUGUGGUGGAAAAUUUUCUCGUUAUUCAAGCCUCUGGUCUCACAAAACCCUUCAUACUGGAAUCAAAAAAUUCGUGUGUACUAUAUGUAAUGCGAGCUUCGCAAAGGCCAAUUAUCUUAAUAAUCAUAAGAGGACACAUACAGGUGAAAAGCCUUAUCGAUGCAGUACUUGCGGUCAAUCUUUCGCUCAAUCGACACAUUUAAAGAAUCACGAAAGAAUUCAUAGCGGUGAGAAACCGUUUACGUGUGAGGUUUGCCAUAAAGAUUUUGCGAGAUAUUCAACUUUAUGGAAUCAUAGACGGAUUCAUACAGGCGAGAAGCCAUACAAAUGUUCAUGGUGCAGUUCAGCAUUUUCACAGGCAACUCAUUUAAGAAAGCACGAGAAAGUACAUUUGGGAAUCAAGCCAUUUAAAUGCGAAGUAUGUUCAUCAAGUUUCGCAGAUCGAUUUGCUCUCCAACGGCAUUCGAAAACUCAUCUUAAAACAGAACAUGGAAUCUGUUCAUAAAAGAAUUUCAAAUAGGUUUUGAUCAUAAAUGUUGAUCAUUAAAUGAUAAGACUAAGAUUUUUAAAAGUAAUAUGUCAAAUUGGUUGCUGUUCGUUGCCCAAACUUGUCAAUCGAGGUUAAUUUCACUCUAAAAUACAAUUUUACUUUUUAACAGGACUCUUUAUGUUUUUAAAUAACAUAUCUAGCAUAGCUAGCAUGACUAUCUCAAAAUUUUACCUACUUCCGUUGACUGCUUAAACGAACGUUAAAAGGAAAUAACACUUCAUUGUUUAGCAAUUGAAUCUCGAUGAAUCUUGUAAGGAAUGAGGCAGCAGCAUAGACAUUUUUGACAUAUUCAAAGCGUUCUCAAAUCAUGAAUGGAACCAACAUCUAUAAUCUUGUUUUGUUUCGACCAAAAAAGAAGUUAAUCGACAUUAGCACAAACAUUUCUCAUAAUCUCGAGCUUUCAAUAUUGUAAAGGAUCUUUUUCUUAAUAGUUUGAUGAUUACAAUAAGUAGACAGUAACAAUCCAAUGAUGAUCAAAAUAAGAAUUGAAAGUUUUUUCAUGAUUUGAAGUAAAACAAACGGAUGAUGACAUCUCUCCCUCAUGUCUUUAAUAAAAAAUAAUAAUUAGUAAUGAUAAUAAAUACUUGUAAUGAUUGAAUAUCUACAUAUUAUCUCAGAAUAAAAUUGGAUUCUUUUAACAAAU